AUGGCAGACAAGGUGGUAGACAAAAUGGCGGGCGAGAGUGGUGCUGCUGACCAGUGUGAGGGACUGAGUGGGUCUAGUCACGACUCUAGUGAUGCUGGUGACGAGAAGCCCACCCAGAUGGACCUCCUCAUGUCCCAACUGGCGAGUAUGGCUCAGAAGCAGGAGGAAAGGCACGAGCAAACCGUGGCAACACAAGCUGCCCAAACUGAACGACUGAUGGAAGCCCUGCAAAGCAGCCUAGGUUCUCUGAGGGCUGAAACGCAGGCGUAUACUGAUCGCUCGUGUGAGGCAGUGAAACAGGAGGUAAAAAGUGAACUCCAAGCCUUGCGGGAAGAGGUGGCAGACCUGCGUGAGGGCGCGAGUGUUUGGCGGCAGGGCGCGUGGCCGCCACGUGGCGUCUUGGCGGGAGGUGUACAGCUGCCCGCAACCCCCGCCUGGCCUCCCGUGACUAGCCCAGGACCUGAAGGGAGUGUGGCCUCAGCCCCACCUGCUGUUGGGGGCCUUGGAUGGGGCCCUGUGGGGGAAGCAGGUCCUUGGGAAGCACCCGAGAUGGCCGUUGGGGGCUGGCCGCCCACCCGGGACAGGAGGGGAAGGCUUAGCCUGCCCCCUACACCGCCGGGCUCACCUCCCCGUGCCGCCUCCCCGCCCCCGAGCCCUAAGGCAGCCCGCUCGUCACCUCGUCACGUGAGACGCAAGCCAGCGGAGUACGAUGGUAAGGUCAGCUGGGAGUCUUACGUCGCCCAGUUCGAUAUGCUGGCCUUGGCCCAGGGCUGGGGGGAGGCAGAGAAGGCCCUGCAACUAGCGACAGCGCUGCGAGGCCCGGCGUUGGAAGUGCUGGGUCAUCUCCCUGCCAGCCAGCGCACCUCAUACGCAGCAGUGUCCGAAACUUUGCGGCGACGUUUCGGACACCGUCAUCAGGCGGAGGUAUACCGCGCCCAGCUUAAGAAGAGGACGCGAGAGAAGGACGAAACCCUUUCCCAGCUGGCGCAGGACGUAGAAGGGCUGGUGAGGAGGGCGUAUCCAAGCGCGGCCGAGGACAUGGUCGUUGUUCUGGCGCGCGACGCGUUCGUAGACGCCCUCCAGGACCACCAGCUCCAAAUCUAUGUGAAGCAGGCACACCCAGCUGACGUGCAGGUGGCGUUGGCACGGGCUAUGGAGUUUGAGGCCUUCCUACAGACGACGACCAGCCUCUCUUCUCUUGCCCAGCCUCGCGGUGAGGUACGGGGCCGGAAGGCGAAGGUGGAGCACAAGGCGGCGUCACGGGAGGCGAACCCGUCCGAGUUCGCCGGCCGCUGUUGGGGCUGCAGCGGAAAACAGCAGCGGGCUGGAGGAGGGGGCGACCUCACAGCCUGCCAAGGUGCCAAUGCCCCGUGUUGUGUAAAGUGCCACCUCACCGUCAGCGCAGUGCAGGUACGAGGUGCGGUUGAUGGAAGGCCUUGCUGCAUGACCAUUGACAGCGGGGCUGAGCGCACCAUCGUGCAGCGGAGGCUGGUAAGUGCUGAGUGGCUCCCGUGCACCGUGGACAGGCUGUGUGGAGUAACGGGGGACUGCAUGCCGUUGCAAGGCCCAGUAGACGUUCGAAUAAGUGUCGGCAGCGCGGAGGUGAACCUGCCCGUGUAUGUUGCCGAGCUGGAGGAAGAGUGUCUGCUGGGUUACGACUACCUGAAGAAGACCAGGGCCUGCGUAGACUUUGGACGGAAGGUGAUAAAGGUAUGUGGAUACGAUGUGCCUUUCCUUCCGGAGGUCGGCCGGUCGGAGGUAGUGACGACACAGCGGAUGCAGUUGGCCCCGCGCUCUGAGUGUCGAGUACAGUGUCGACUCGCACGGCCGAUGCUGAGCACGGAGGGCCUAGUGGAACCAGCCAGCGACUGUCGACUGGCUGACGGAGUGGCAGUCGGAAGGAGCCUCGUGCAAGCGGGGGAGAAGGUAGUCACUGUCUUACUGGCUAACUUCUCCGACGAGGCUCGCAACAUACCCGCCGGAACAGCGGUGGGCGAGUGCGUGGAGGUGCAGCGUGCCGAGGCACCGCCGCAGGGUGAGCGGGCGGCCGAGGGAGCCCCGCUGCCGAGCUUCCUGGAGGAUCUAGCGACCCGGAGCGCUGUCAAUCUGACGGAGGCGCAGACGGAGCUCGUGUGUGACACCCUGGGCCGGUACGCCGAUGUGUUCAGCCAGAGCGCCUCGGACUUGGGUCGCACGUCACUGGUGAAACACACGAUCAACACUAGCACCCACGCACCGGUCAAGAGCCCACCCCGACGCAUCGCACCAGCAAGGCGCGAAGAAAUGCAGCGUGCAGUGAACGACCUGGCCACGCAAGGGGUAAUCGAGCGAUCAGACAGUCCUUGGUCGUCGGCGGUAGUCCUGGUAAAGAAGAAAGAUGGAACGCAGCGCUUCUGUGUGGACUACCGGGCCCUGAACGACGUGACGGUGAAGGACUCUUACCCCCUGCCGAGGAUAGACGACACGCUGGACGCUCUGGUCGGGGCCUGCUGGUUCAGUACACUUGACCUGAAGUCAGGGUACCACCAGGUGGAGAUGGCGGAGGAGGACAAGCCUAAGACGGCCUUCUCUUUCGGGCAGGGCCUGUGGCAGUUUAACGUCAUGCCAUUUGGCCUCUGCAACGCCCCGGGCUGUUUUGAGCGGCUGAUGGAGCGAGUGCUAGACGGCCUGCAGUGGAAAACAGCACUCGUAUAUCUGGACGACGUGAUAGUCUUCGGGAGCACCUUCGAGCAGGAGCUGGGGAGGCUGGAGGAGGUUCUGCAGCGCCUGAGGAAGGCCAAUCUCAAGCUUAGCCCCAAGAAGUGCCUCCUCUUCCAGCAUGAGGUGCCGUUCCUGGGACAUGUCGUCAGCAGUGGUGGCGUGCGCACCGACCCUGGCAAGGUGGCAGCGGUGGCUGACUGGCCCACUCCCUCCAACGUAGCUGAAGUGAGGAGCUACUUGGGCCUCUGCACGUAUUACCGCCGUUUCGUGCCCAACUUUGCCACCUUAGCUGCUCCUCUUAACCGUCUCACCAAGAAGGGGGCGAGCUUCCGCUGGGAUGAGGCAUGUCAGGCGGCCUUUGACAGCUUGAAGGCGGCGCUUGUGGAGGCGCCCGUCUUGCCUUACCCUGACCCGAAGCUGCCCUACCUGCUUGACACCGACGCCAGUGCCGAGGGCGUCGGGGCUGUGCUGUCGCAGGUAAAGGACGGCAAGGAACACGUAGUGGCUUACUACAGCUGCAAGUUUAGUAAACCAGAGCGCAACUACUGUGUAACCAGGAAAGAGUUGUUGGCCGUAGUGAAAGCGUUCGAACACUUCCACCCCUACCUGUACGGCGCCGAGUUUACCGUCCGUACUGACCAUGCCGCCCUGAAGUGGUUAAAGACGCUUAAGGGGCCGGAGGGACAGUUGGCGAGGUGGUUGGGGCGCAUGGAGCAGUAUAACUACCGGAUCGUUCACCGCCCAGGACGCGUGCACAACAAUGCUGACGCCCUGAGCCGACGCCCGUGUGAGGCUAGUUGCUCACACUGCACCGCCAGGGAGCCCAGCCCAUGUGAGGCCUCCUCACCUGGCGCUCCUGGGGUGUUGGACACAGUGUGCCGCCGUUUACGUGUGCCUGCCAACACCGCCGAGUGCAAUGAGCGGUGGCGUGUGGCGCAGCGCAGUGACCCCGAUCUAGCCCCCGUCGUGCGUUGGCUAGAAGCCAGCGACGAGCGCCCCAGCUGGCAGGUAGUGGCGGCUGAAAGCCCCGCCGCUAAGUGUUUGGUAAGCCAGUGGGAGACGCUAUCAAUUGACGAGAGCGGGGUGUUAGUGAAAAGGUGGGAGGCGGUAGGCGGGAUGGGCAGAGACGCCUGGCUUGUGGUAGUGCCUCGUACUAUGCGGCCGGAACUAUUGAAGGAAGUGCACGCGGGUGUGACGAGUGGCCACGUAGGCGAAAAGCGUACCCUUCAACGCCUCCGCCAGCGGUUCUAUUGGGGAGGAAUGCGCAGUGACGUGACGGAAUGGUGCCGGGCCUGUGACGUGUGCAGUGCUAAAAAGGGCCCAGCGCACCGUAACCGGGCCCCACUGCAGUUGUACAAUGUAGGGGCACCGAUGGAGCGGGUGGCAGUGGACAUUGCCGGCCCGUUUCCCCUCACUCCCCGCGGGAACCGGUACAUUUGUGUAGCCAUGGAUUAUUUCACUAAGUGGCCAGAGGCGUAUGCUAUCCCCAAUCAUGAGGCAGAGACUGUGGCGAGUGUACUAGUCGACCAGUUCUUCUCUAGGUUUGGCGUGCCCGUCGAGCUGCACUCCGAUCAGGGCCGUGAAUUUGAGUCUCGUGUAUUCAGCGAGUGCUGUGACUUGAUGGGGAUUUAUAAGACGCGUACCACCCCGCUCCACCCACAGUCCGACGGCAUGGUUGAACGUUUCAAUAGGACGCUAGUUCAACAGUUGGCCAAGUAUUGUGGGGCGGGGCAGGAGGACUGGGACGUCAAGCUGCCGGCGAUGCUGAUGGCAUACCGUUCCGCCGUCCAUGAAGCCACCGAUCACUCGCCCUCCCAGCUGAUGUUUGGCCGGGAGCUCCGCCUUCCUAUUGACCUGGCCACGGGGCGCCCUCCUGAUGUUGACCUCCCCACAGUCACCUCUGGGUUCGCAGCCGCCCUGCAGGAGCGGUUCGCGGAGGUACACCACCGGGUGAGAGGCAAGUUGAGGGCAGCGAGUCAGGCCAUGAAAGGUCUUUACGACCGGCGAGUGAGGGAGGCGAGUUACGCGGUAGGCGAGAAAGUGUGGCUGCAUAAUCCUCGCCGCCGGCGUGGCCUCUCUCCGAAACUCCAGAGCCCCUGGGAGGGGCCUUACACUGUCAUCGCCGUGAUCUCGGGGGUGACGUACAAAAUCCAGCGUGGACGCCGUCGCCCUUCCAUUGUGCAUGUGGACCGUCUGUGGCGCUAUCACGGUCCUGGGCACUACACUUGGGGCUUCGGGGGAGGUGGCGGCGAUGAUGCCGAUUCUGCUGCCGAGGAAAUCGACGAGUCCCCGGAGACAGCUGUCACCACCCCCAGCGAGCCAGAGGAGGCCGAGGCUGAGGAGUCAGGGGUGGGCGACGGCCGCGACUCAGAGCCAGCAGAGGAACCUCAGCCCACUCGGCCGCGCAGGGACAGACGCCGCCCACGGCGUUAUGAUGAUUUUGUGUUGAUUGACUCUGAGGGAGAGAUAUAAGGAGAGGCAAGGUCGGGUCGACCUUUUUGUAAAGGAGGGGGUGAUGUAACGCCCGGGUAUUAUUGUUGUUUAGUCUAAGUUGCCUUUAUUUCUUUCUGUGGGAUUGAGUGUGUGACGUGCGUGUGUGUGUGUCAGCUGUGCCUGGUGUCUGGCAGUGGUGCAUGGAUGGCGGGAGAGAAGUCGCGUGACUGCAGUGACUGGGCAGUGUGUUGUUGGCCCCGCUCUGGAUAACUUGUCUUUGCGUGUCCUCCGUGCCGAGUGCCUGUUGCGUGAGCCUGAAGAGUUUGACUGUCCCUGCCUGUGUCUGUAACUGCCUGUAACUAACGGAACUAGUAAAGGAAGAAAGUGUUGCCCACUGUU